AUGGGUUCCUUUGACGGCGAAAGCCGUAGCCAUGAUGGCUCCUACCAGGAGAGCCACGAGGGUGGCCGCGACGAGGGCUACGGCUAUGACGAGGACUACGGCUACGACAAGGGCCAUGAAGAUUGUUACAAGGACUACAACGCCUCCGGCGAAUUCUCGAACGUUUGCUUUAACUGUGGCAAGGAAGGUCACUCCAAGCAAGGAUGCAUCAACGAGCGUGUAUUCGCCGGCACCUGCUUCAACUGUGGCCUUGAAGGUCACCCCAAGCAGGAAUGCCCCAAUGAGCGUGUCUUCACUGGAACCUGCUUCAACUGCGGCCUUGAGGGUCACCUCAAGCAGAACUGCCCUACCAAGGGCCCUGAUCUUUGCCGUAACUGCGAGGAGGAAGGCCACGCGGCCCAUGAAUGCACCAACAAGCGCAAGCUGAACCUGGACGAUGUCGAGGACAUGAACCCUGAGGUUGCCUGGGCCAUGAUGAAGGCUGCAUCGGCUCCCGGUAAGGAUCGGGACAUCGAUGAUUUCCGCAAAGCCUUUGGUAGUUUCUCCAAGGCCAACCCCGAUAUCACUUACCUCGAAAUCGAAAUGUUGUUUCGCGCCGAGAGAUUCCCUGUCUACCUGAUUGCUAUGCAAAAGGAACACGAGCCUGUGAUCACCCUUAUCGACCUCCAGGGCAAUAUCGAUCGUAAGUACAUGGUCGGUUUCCACUUCUCGGCCGAUGCGCCCAAGAAGUCGAUGCGCGAGCGCUGGCCCGAGAGCCCCGAGGAGAACAUGGAGCGUCUGGCAAAUUGCGGACUCCCCUUCGAUCGUCGUGCCAUGAAGUGCCACAAGUGCGAGGGAGUUGGACACAUCGCCAAGAACUGCACUGAGGAGGUUGUCUCGACUCACGAGCGGGUUGAGAUCAAGUGCUUCAACUGCAGUGAAGUUGGACAUCGCGUCCGUGACUGCCCCGAGGAGCGUGUCAGGAAGAACCCCGGAUGCCGCAACUGCGGAUCUGAUGAACAUCGUGCUAAUAACUGUACCGAGGAGCGUUCGGCUGUUCACGUUGAGUGCCGUCGCUGCAAGGAGACCGGACACUUUGCUAAGGACUGCCCCAGAUAUGCCGAUAUGCCCGACGGCUGCCGCAACUGCGAGUCCCCCGACCACAAGUCCCGGGAUUGUCCUCUUCCCCGUGACUAUUCGAAGGUCAAGUGCAACCGUUGCCAGAUGAUGGGACACACUGUCGUCCGCUGCCGCCUGCCUGACCCCGAGGCUGAGCCCGUGUGUGAGAAGCGUCCUGACACCCCUGUGCCUUAUUCGUCUGAUUCGGCUGACCACUCGGCCAGCGGCGAGGAUGAGCUUUGGUAA